AUGACUACACCUACAACUACAUUUCAUUGUAUGUUUAAAUCGAUUUAUAUUAGACAAUUAAUAUUCAAUCAUAUCGGUGUGAUAUCAAAACAAAGCUGCUAUCAACCAUCAAAUGAUAAUUAUCAAGAUGAUGGUAGACAACGAUCAUUAGUCGGAAGAGAUAUAAUCAAAUUACCUCUUUUUGGAAUGAUAUCAAAGUAUGCAAUGCCUUGGCACUUUGUUAAAUACUAUCUACCUAAAGAUUGUACUCUGGUACAUAUCAAAAGAAGAAUUAGAAUGAUCACUCAAUACUGCUGUCAUCCCAAUGCAACAUUGGAUACCCUCCAGCAUCUAUUGGAAUGGUCGACCGUCAUUGACUUUGAUUGGGAGUAUUUAAAGAAAAAUGUUCGUAAUGAUUGGAAGUAUUUGAAAAGAAUUGGUCGUGAUAUUAGAAAUAAAGAGAUAUUGGAAUUUAUCAUCAAGGCAUGUCCUGUUGAUGGAGAGAAUGACUUUUUGGUUUGGGCACUAAAUAAUGCAUGUAUGAAUGAUUACCUAUCGACUGUAAAGUUGAUAGACUCUACUAAACUAUCAGGUUCACCUCUCAACGAGAUGCCAAUGGUAACUGCUUGUUUUAAUGGGUUCAUUGACAUUGUAAAAUAUUUACACGAGAAUAGAACUGAAGGUUGUAGUACAAAGGCAAUGGAUAGAGCAGCUAUUGGUAACCAUUUAGAAGUUGUAAAGUUUCUUCAUUUUAAUAGAACUGAAGGUGCAUCAACGAGUGCUAUGGAUUGCGCAGCUAGAUUUGGCCAUUUAGAGGUUGUUAAAUUCUUACAUCAACAUCGUAGUGAAGGUGCAACUACCAAUGCUAUUGAUUGGGCAUCUUCAAAUGGUCACAUGGAAGUGGUAAAGUACCUUUCAGAGCAUCGUAGUGAGGGUGCAACAACCAGCGCUAUGGAUUGGGCAGCUGGAAAUGGACACAUUGAAAUUGUUAAAUACCUUUCAGAGCAUCGUAGUGAAGGUGCAACUACCAAAGCCAUGAACAAUGCAUCACGUAAUAACCGUUUGGAAAUGGUAAAGUAUUUACAUGAGAAUCGUAGUGAAGGUGCAACAACCGAUGCUAUGGAUGUUGCGUCAAUGAAUGGUCACUUUGAAAUUUUAAAGUUUCUUCAAUUCAAUCGUUGUGAAGGUGCAACAUCCUUUGCUAUGGAUGAAGCAUCGAUGAAUAACCAUUUGGAUGUUGUCAAGUUCCUUUUUGAGCAUCGUACAGAGGGAUGCUCAAGAGUGGCGGUUCACAAUGCCGUUAAAUAUGCAACCGCUGAAAUAGUAUCCUAUCUUGUCAACACUGUCAAAGCAGAAUGUAAACCAGAUACAAUGAUAGAAGCACUGGCAAGAGGUGAAUUGGAUAUUUUCCAUUUUCUUUAUAACUAUUUCAAGGAACAAAAAGAGGAGGAUAAUAAUAUUUGGACACCAGAGAUAUGUGUAAGGUUAAUGGAUAUUGCCGCCGACAUGGGAUACAUUGAUAUUGUAAAGUUACUUUAUAUUAACAAUAGAGGAAAGGAGGGUGAACAUAGUCAUGCAAAAUUAAUGACUCACAGAGCUAUGUAUAUGACAGCUCAAAAAGGUCAUAUUGAAAUAGUAAAGUAUAUUCAUUUCAACAUGACUGACCCUGGUGAAGAUUCAACCAACACUAUAGCUAUGAAUUCAGCAUCCAAAAACGGCCACAUUGAAAUUGUAAAGUUCCUUCAUCACCAAAGUAAAUGUGAGGCUGCAACAGCUGAUGCCAUGGACAAGGCAUCAAUGAAUAAUCACAUUGAAAUUGUCAAAUUUUUACACUUUAAUCGUAGAGAAGGAUGUACUAGCCAAGCUCUUUUGUAUGCCUGUCAGCGAGGGUAUCUAGAACUAGCAUCUUUUCUAAUCAAUGUCAGAAAUGAGGAAUUAAGUCAAGAUGCACUACAAACUGCAUCAACCUUUGGACACUAUGAAAUUGUCAAGAUGAUACUAUCGCAAUCCAGAGAUAAACUGGUAAAACUAUCAAUUAAAAGUGUCAUUCAACAUUUAAAAGAUAGUGAUCAUUUUGAAGUUUGUCAACUACUCGAAAAUCAUUUAAAGCAUCAUGAUAAUGCACAAGAUAAUCAAGAAGAACACCCAGAAAAAUAA